AUCAGAGACUGUAAAUUGCACCGCGGCCCAAUUAAGCCCCCCUGUCCCGGCUGAGCGAGUGUGAGGGUCUCGUGCUCCCCUUAAUGGACUGUACGGGGCCACACACUCCUCAUUUACAGCCUGUGCCAAUGGCAGGACGGGCAGGAGGGGCUGAGCCUGAUUCCACUGCCCCAAGGCAUCGCUGCUAGAGAAUAUAUAUCUCUCUCUAUCUCUCUCUCUCCUGUUCAUCCAUGUGUGUGUGUGUGCGUGCGUGUGUCUCUCGCUCCUCAUAAAACAGCCGAACGCACAGGAGCGGCGCCUCUGGAACGGGACACUGACGCACAGCAGAUCCUUCAUAAAGAGUGGAGCUCAAGAAACUUCAUUUGCGGAUCGAACUCAUUCAGCUGAACUAGAGCUGAAAUCUGAUGGCUGCAUUUCUACGUGAUCCCAUUCCUGAUCAGACACAAGUGUACAAUUCACAAUCUCAUCCUCACACACCUAUUGCAAACCUGCCCUAAAAAGCACUCAUAAACACACACACACACACACACACACACACACACACACACACACACUCACAAAGAGAAAUCCAUCUUUAAGAGAAUCCUGGAUUCCCCUGAAUCAGACUGCACCAUGUCCAAGGAUAACUGCAAGCAAGUGGGCUGCAAACACAAAGAGCGCAAACCCAAAAAGCCGCACUACAUCCCGCGCCCAUGGGGCAAACCCUACAACUACAAAUGCUUCCAAUGCCCCUUCACCUGCAUGGAGAAAUCACACCUGUACAACCACAUGAAGUACAGCCUGUGCAAAAACUCCCUGUCGCUGCUAAUCGAGUCCGACUGGCCCUAUAAAAAAGACCAGCUCCGGCUCCAGCAGGCAGCCGUCCGCUCUCGAAGCCCAGCGAAAGCUCACUCUGAGCAGGCAACAACCCCAGAUGAGCCCUCGCACUCAUCAGCCAAUCUGGAGGAGGAAGAAACUGAAAAAAGAGAUGAAAAAGAUGAAGACAUCCAAGAAGCAAAUGCAGAAAACCCAUCGGAAGCGUGUUCAAGAAGAGCGAAGCCAUCAAAACAAGAAGCCGAAUUGGUGAUGGCGGACAUGUUUUCUUUGGAAGAGCAACUUUUGCGAGCGCGCUCAGUGGAGGUGGAAUCAAAACUGAGACACUACAGGCUGUCAAAAACAUGUCUGUCAGGCCCAGCCGCGCUGCUUUCAGAACAAUGGCGCAUACUUAGCAAUCAAACAUCCAAUGUGAAGCCAAAACCAGACGUGGCGGCUCCAUCGCUACCCUGCUAUCCUCCGGUCUCAACGAGUCAAAUCGAAUGCUCAGAUCCACCAGCGUUCAAUCUGUCUUUACUUGGUGUGGGUUAUCCUUUGGCUCCAGGACUUCUGUCAUAUUUAAAUCCAACACUAAGCAAUGCAAACCCGUCAAACGCACCUCUACCAUUCCUAGCAUCACAGCUAGCGCACUCACAGAGACACUCGGAGCGUUCUCUACUCCCUCCGCAUCUGUAUUAUCCGUUCUUGUGCGAACACACAUUUGGAGCGACUCCUUCUUCAUCAGCAUCUGAAGCCAGUAAACUCAUUAAAGCUCCAUCUGUGGGUCUUCAGCCGCCUUCAUAUCCUCCAAAACUGAGCCUGUGGAAGGUGCCGGCGCUGCGGCCCUCGUCCAGCCAGAGCUCCCCGGCUGCGGUCUGGACGUCCCCCACACACUCGUCCCCAGAGCCGGGCCUCGGGGCACUGCAGGAGCGGGUAAGGGCGCGGGACGGGAAGAGCAGCUGGCAGCAGGAAACGUCGAGUCUGAAGAGGACGGCGAUGGCGGGGUUCGACACCCAUGGUGCACCGGUGGAAAAGAAACCAGCGCUGGAGAUCGGCCUCGAGACUUUGAAAAACACUCAGAAACCUGCAUCCAUCGCUGCCUUGAUGUCCAGCAGGAUGCCCAUACACAACAGCGCCGGCUCGUCCCCGCUGCAUCUGUCUGAGCAGCUGGAGGCCAGACAGAGAGGAAUGGAGAGAGAAUCGGCGCUCCUGCAGGACUUCAGCGCAUUAUUACAGGAGUACCAGCUCACCGAGCAGCGCGCCGCGUCCCUACCGGAGCAGUGCCAUCUGUGGGCACACCUGGGCAAGAUCCGCACGGAGCUCUCGCAUAUUCAACAGGCACUAGAGCGGACGGCUCGGUCCAACGAAGGACCUCUGGAUCUGUCAGUCAAGAAGGAUCAUCCACUAAUCGUCAAUGCAAUUCCUGGAGAAACUAAAGACGAAGACUGCUCUGAAACUGAAGAUGAAGAUGAUGACGAUGAUGAUGAUGAAGAUGACGGUAAAGACAGACGCAAGUGUUCUCUGGAUGCGCUGAUGAAGCUGAAUCCUCUGGUGAAGACGGAGGUGUUGACAGGCAGCGCUGAAGCUCUGUGGCACAGCAGGACCACAAAGUGUGAAGCGGAUUCAAGUGUCCUUCUGUGCUCCAAAACGCCCAACAGACCCCCGUCCAUCCAGCAUCUGGACACACUCUGUCCCAGCAGCCCGCUCACAACCACUGACACACUGGUGUAGAGGAGAUCACACACACACACACCCUGGACGAAACUAGCAGGCAAAUGAUCAGAUGUACAGCUGAAGUCUACAUUUCCCAAAUGAUGUUGAACAGAUUCAGGAAUUUUUCACAGUAUUU